GUGCGCGCAGCCUACGCGACCUUUUAGUACGAGAGAAGACGUGAGAUGUGGAAUAUUGUUUCUUUAUCUGCGUUAGUAGACCAUUAAAAGUGUUUAAUUUCUGUGGAAUUUUGAGUUGUUAGGAGAGAUUCAAUUGUGAUUGUGAAGAAAGAAUCCUAGAAAAUGGGAAAAGACUACUACAAAAUCCUCGGAAUCAAUAAAGGUGCGAGUGACGAUGAAAUAAAAAAGGCCUAUCGAAAGCUGGCCUUGAGGUAUCAUCCGGACAAAAAUCGAACAGCUGGUGCCGAGGAGAAGUUUAAGGAGAUUGCCGAGGCGUAUGAGGUGCUCUCGGACACGAAAAAGCGCGAGGUUUACGACAAAUUUGGGGAGGAGGGCCUGAAGGGUGGUGCGCCCUCUGGCGGCGGUGGCGGUGUCGGCGGUGGUGGCGCCACCUACACCUUCCACGGUGAUCCACGCGCAACAUUUGCUCAAUUUUUUGGCUCGGCCACCCCAUUCCAGACGUUCUUUGAGUUUGGCGGUAGUGGCGGUGGAAAUCGGGUCUUCUCCAACUUCCACGACGACGACAUGGACAUGGACGAUCCGUUUGGCCUGGGUUUGGGACAACCGCGACAGGGCGGCGGUCAGGGUGGCGCAUUUCGCUCGCACUCGUUCAAUUUUGCCGGGCCGAAUCAGGGCCGGGGCGGGGCCGGGGGCAAGGAUCGCGCCCAAGAUCCGGCAAUCGAGCACGAUUUGUAUGUCAGUCUCGACGACAUUUUGCGCGGUUGCACGAAAAAGAUGAAAAUCUCGCGGCGCGUCAUCCAGGCGGACGGGACGACGAAAAAGGAGGACAAAGUGUUGACAAUCAAUGUCAAGCCGGGCUGGAAAGCCGGGACGAAGAUCACAUUUCAGAAGGAGGGCGAUCAGGGUCGCGGAAAAGUGCCCGCCGACAUUGUCUUUAUCAUUCGGGACAAGCCGCAUCCGCUCUUUAGGCGCGAGGGCAGCGACAUACGCUAUACCCAAAAAUUGACGCUUAAGCAGGCGUUGUGUGGCUCGGUGGUUGAGGUGCCAACACUCACGGGCGAGAAAAUCACGCUCAAUCUGACCCGGGAAAUUGUCAAGCCGAAUAUGGUGAAGAGGAUCCAGGGACAUGGUCUGCCCUUCCCGAAGGAGCCGUCGCGGAAGGGCGAUCUCCUUGUCUCGUUUGACAUCAAAUUCCCGGACUCGUUGACGCAAAGUGCCAAGGAUAUAUUGUACGACACUUUACCAAAUUGAAAGAGAGAGAGAGAGCGAAAAAAUACAAGAAAAAUUAGAAGAAGAGGAUGAUUUAUGGGGAGAAAGGACUGGGUACGACAAUGAAUGAACGAUAGUUUUUUCGAACUUUUGUUUCGCGCUCAAACGAGACUGAAGACUCCCUCGUGUACAUUCUAGUACAUUAAUAGAGAAGCCGAAAGGAACUGUUAUUUUACGGCUUUUUACUUGCGGUGGACAAGAAUUAAUAUAAGGAGAAUUUAUUCGAUGGUUUACUUGUUUUUUUAAGUAAUUUUUUUUAUUAUUAAGGGAUCAGAAA